GCUUAGCAUUUUCUGGACCAUUUUGACUGUUGUCCAUACCUCUCUUUUUCAUCAGCAGCGUGUGCUUGUUGCCGCACAACAUGUGUCCGGGCACCAGCAACAUCUGAGGGCGGGCGCAUUUGAAAGAACGGCCUUGCCGCCCCAAUGUAUCUCACAAAUCUCACAAAUUUUUCGGGAAGGAAACAACGUGUCGAAUUUUUUUCUGAAUUCAGAAAACUCGUCGUGAAUUUCUCGUGGCUGUUGCUGCCUCUUACUCGUGGAAGUGUGCGUGUGCGCGCGCGUUUGUGUGUGUGCGUGUGUAAAGGAGAAAUUAUUUUAAAACCGGUUCUCUUUCCUUUGAAAAUUGUCCGUAUUUUUUUUUUGUAUCGAAAACCCAAACAAAAUUUAUAAUAAUUUGAAAAGAGUUUGUGCGUUUUUAUCAGGAGGAAAGGUAGACCGCUCACUCACACCACUCCAUUCGAUUCGAUCGCUUCGAAAAAACGCCGCGAAAACAACAACAAAAUAUAGCAUUUAUUUUUUUUAUUGUGCUCCUGCGAAAAAAAUCCCAUCAAAAAGAGUGUAAAAGUGUUCCAAAGAAAAAUCCAAGAAUAUAGAGAGCCAAAAUCGAAAGCUAAGAUCAAAGCCAAAAGGAAAAAUAUUAAAAGUGCAAGAAAGAGCAGAGGCGUAAAAGAAGUCAAAAAAAGUGUGCAAGAAAUACGAGAAACAAAACAAAAAAGUUGCAAAUCUUACCGAAUUUUUCGAGGAAGGAAAAAAGCUAGAACUUUUGAGACGACACAACUUUUGAGGUGCAGAAAAAAGUACAUUUUUAAGGAUGCGCAUCGGUUGGAUGCAGCCAAGUCCUUAGAGAAGAUUGAGGCGCAAUUUAAAAAGAAGAAAGCUCAAAGCAGUAAAAAGAAGCAACGCAAACAAACUGAAUUCAAGUUUUUGUUUUAAGUUUGAUGAGCCAUUAGAGAGGGAAAUGUUGUGCGACUCUGCUGCUGAAUGAAUGAAAGCAUCUGGCACGAAAGUGGAACGAAAGUGGAAAAUGAUGAUGCCCCACUACUGAAAGGAAAACCCACACCAAAAUAAAGCGAAGAAUAUUCCCCAUAAGAUAGAGCUAGAGAGAGAGCGAGAGGCAGAGAGUACCCCAAAAAAACGAUCAGCAAAGACCCAGAGAGCAUCAUGUAUCCGGCCAGUGCCAGCAGCAAUGCAGGAUCUGCAUCCAAAUUUCAGAAUCGUUGCGCAUCGCCACAGUUCGCCAGCUUUGCGCCGCCGCCACCGGGUGACUAUCCGCAUUCGCAUCCGCAUGCACAUUCGCAUCAGCAUCAACAUCAGACGACAGCCGCGGCCGUACACAAUGCCCCAGGGGGCGGUGGUGCCGGCGGCUCGAUGCGGCAUCCCAGCCAGCGCUCCACCACGUCCACGGCAGCGCAUCAAAUGACCCUCAAUCAUGGCGGCCAUGGCCAUGGCGGCCACAAUCACGGCCUCAAUCACGGCCUGAGCAUGGGCCAUGGCACGGCGGCCACAUUGGGCCACCACCAUCAUGUGGGCUCCCAUCUGAUCUUUCCCGAUGACAUGGACAGCAUCGAGUUCUGCAUGCCAGCAGCGCCCUCCUCCUCGUCAUCCUCAUCACAGCAGAAUGGCGGGGAGCAGCUGCUGUUGGGCAGCAGCCAUGGGGAGGCAUUCACGGAGCGUCGACGACGCGGACAUAGUCGCAGGAGUAACCAUAAAAUGGAUGUAGAGCAGCAGGUGAAGUGGUCCCGCAAGAAUAUUGCAGCCACCAUGGAACGCUUUGAGCCCACAACCAACACACAGUCCUCGUCGUCCACCUCAUCGCUGGACUAUGGCUUUGCCGCCGGCGUUAUGACGCCCAGCAGCAGCAGUGCCACGCCCUCGCAUGGCGGAGGCGCCUCUGGUGGCGGCAUGUCCUCCACACCGUCGUUGCACGUGGCCUUCAAUGGAGGCGGCUCGGGCAGCGCCGGGGCAGGGGCCAGCGGUGGGGCCGUUGGAGCAGCAGCUGCAGCGGCGCCAUUCAAUCAUGUCUACUCGUACGCCUACUAUGAGCCAGGGGCGGCCAAGUGCCACACGAAUGUGCCCGCCCAGGGAUCAGCACAGGCCCAGGCACUGGCCCAUGCCCAUGCGCAGGCCCAGGCCCAGGCUCAGGCGCAGGCCCAUGGACAGAUGCAAGCGCCAUCGAAGAGUCCGCCCAGGAACUCCAUACGCGCCCUGCUGGCCAAGAGUUUCCGCUCAAAAUCAUCGACCCACAACGGUGGGCAGUCGACAUCGUCGUCGCCAAGCGCCGAGGAUCGGGACAGGCACACGUACACCACGCGCUACGGCACCACCGAGAAUCUGUACGAGGAGGUGAGCGAGCAGAAGAUCCGCAAGGUGCUCUCCGACAAUCGCAUCGCCUCGUCCAGCGCGGGAAACGUGAAGGAGGAGCAGCGCCGCGUCCAGCACAAUCAUUUCCGUGUGCUCGACGAACUAAAUCUCUCGCUGGAGGCAUUGAUAAUGCCCCCAACGCCGCCGGAUAUUAGCCCCAGUCAUGCGAUAGCCGUUGCCGUCGAUGAGCUGGGAAUGGGAAUGGGCAUGGGCAUGGGGCCCAUAAGUGCCCCCUCCAACAGCAGUGGCCUGGGACAGGCCGUGGCCUGCUCCAACUCCUCCUCCCCAGGCGGAGCGGCGGCGGUGCCAUCCUCACUGGUGGCCAGCAGCAGCAGCAGCAGCAGCCAAUCGAAGACCGCCCAGAGGCCACGACGCGGUGGAUUGUUGGGCGGAGCGGCGGCCAGUGCCAGUGCUGCCUCCAGUUCGGCCUCGCAUGCCAGCCUCGAGAAUCUAUCGAGCACUCUGAAUAGCAUGGAGCUGAAGGAUCAGCAUCAGCAUCAGCAACAGCAACAACACCACCAGCAUCAUCACCAGCAGCAACAGCAGCAGCAGCAGCAGCAUCAUCAGCAUCAUCAGCAUGGACACACGAGCAGCUGUGUUAAUCCGGAAUUCGAUGAGGGGGAUCUGGACAGCGGAUUCAGUGGCAGUGGCAGCAGCAGCGGUGCCAGCUACAACGAAAGUUUGCGCUACUACAAGUCGGCAACGCCCACUGGCCACAAUCCCAAUCUCAAUCUGAAUCUGAAUCUAAGCUUGAAUCCCACGCUCCACCAGCAGCAGCAUCCACUGAACAACAACAACAACAACAACAACAACACAUUGCCACACAAUAUUCGCAGCUGCCGCUCGUCGACAGCCUCUGGGACAUCGACAUCGAAGAGCAGCAUGGCCAGCUGUGGCGAGGAUCAAGGCAUCGCAGGAAUGGGCAUGAUGGGAGCAGGCGGAAUGCCUGCUGCUGCUGCUGGUGCUGGUGCUGGUGUGGCAGGACCCACUGCCGGUGCUGUCGGAAUGCAGGAUGCCAGCCUGGGCUCCCUAUCGCCCUUCCAUUAUCCGCGCCGCUGUUCAGCAGAUCAGCAGCGUGCCUCUGGUCGCUCGGUUGCCUCCGGAAUGGGCAUAGGAAUGGGCAUGGGUAUGGGCAUGGGCAUGGGCAUGGGCAUGGGCAUGGGCAUGGGAAUGGGUGGAGGUGCAGCCACAGCGGUGGCCAUGUCUGGUGAGGGCAGCUGCAGUCUCAGCAGCAGCAGCAACGUGGCACUGUCCACCGGAGCGAAACCCAAGAAGAAUUUCUGGACCAUGAAACCGUGAUGCUACAAAAAGGCGCUGCGUCACAUAUGCAAAAAAUGGACUAUUGUCAUGGAAUACAAUUCAAAGACUGCCGCAUGCCAUGCCAUCCACUAUUACCACCAACCCAGCAACAACGGCAACAACAACGGCAACGGCAACAGCAACAACAACAGCAUUAGCAGCAGCAGCAGCAGAAGCAGAAGCAGC